GUGGCACCGGAAGUGAGUCCAAACAGAGCGGAGCUGCAGCGGAGCGUCCCCGGGCUCAUGUCGCCGCUGUUCGCCUCUUUUCGGCUCUUUUCCUGCGGGUGACUGAGCGGAGCCGGGGCCAUGGCGGCGGUGCAGCCGCAGGACGAGCUGCUGAAAAUGACCCACCGGGAGAACUGGAGGGUGCAGCACGAGCGUCUGCACACGAAGCACCGCGGUCACGAGGCCAUGCACGCCGAGAUGGUCCUGAUCCUGGUGGCUACGCUCGUCGUGGCUCAGAUCGUCCUGGUGCAGUGGAAACAGCGCCACCUCCGCUCCUACAAUUUGGUGACUCUUAUCCAGAUGUGGGUGGUGCCGGUUUACUUCACCGUUAAACUUUACUGGUGGAGGUUCCUGUCCAUGUGGAGCAUGUUUUCAGUCGUCACCAGCUACAUCAUCUUCAGAGCCACUCGCAAACCCCUCUCCUGCAGGACGCCCCGGAUGGUGUAUAAAUGGUUCCUGUUGAUUUAUAAACUGAGUUACGCUGUGGGGGUCCUGGGGUACAUGGCCAUAAUGUUCACCAUGUUUGGAUUCAACGUUUUCUUUAGGAUAAGGGCGGAGGACUCGAUGGAUGUGGGUGUGAUCCUGCUCUUCUAUGGGCUGUACUAUGGAGUCAUGGGACGAGACUUUGCUGAGAUCUGCUCCGACUACAUGGCCUCCACCAUCGGGUACUACAGUAAAGGUGGCAUCCCCAGUCGCACUCUAGGGGGCGACAUCUGUGCGGUGUGUGGGCAGAAGAUCCUGGUGGAGGUGGAGGAGGAGGGCUUUGUGGAGGACACGUUCCAGCUCUCCUGUGGACACAUAUUCCAUGAGUUCUGUAUCCGGGGCUGGUGCAUUGUGGGUAAGAAGCAGACGUGUCCCUACUGCAACGAGAAGGUGGACCUGAAGAGGAUGAUGAACAACCCUUGGGAGAAGACUCACGUUUUGUACGGUCAACUUUUGGACUGGCUCCGGUACCUCGUCGCCUGGCAACCGAUAAUAAUCGGCGUGGUCCAUGGCAUCAACUUCACCCUCGGCCUGGAAUAGAACACACAACCAUGGCAACAACAUCACCCGGUUUAGCCCUGGUUUAGACCUGGUUUAGACCUGGUUUAGACCUGGUUUAGACCUGGUUUAGACCUGGUUUAGUCCUGGUUUAGACCUGGUUUAGACCUGGUUUAGACCUGGUUUAGUCCUGGUUUAGACCUGGUCACUUUCAUUUUCUUUAAGGCGUCGUCUUUCUUUGGAGUUGGACUCUCGGGUGUUCCUUCCGUGUUUUUAAACCACACUUCCUUGUCGCCUUGGAGAUGCUAUUCCUUUGCCUGGAAUGUUCCACAGUAUGGCAUUAAACUUGUAUGCUUCCAUUGAGAAAAGCAUGUGGCACCACCCGGGCAUGUAUUUUUCUAACGAUAAAAACACCUCCAUGUUUAAUGCCAAACUCUGGAGGUCGAUGUGAGGGUUUUUUAUCAUGGCCGAUGCCGAUACCGAUACCGAUUAUUUAGACCAGGGGUGUCCAAACUAUGGCCCGAGGGCCAAAUGCGGCCCUCAGACCAAUUUUUAUUGGCCCUCAGGCCUUCAGUUGAACUCGCCCAAUUAAUCAUAAUCAGUACUUUUUACAGCAAAUUUGAGUAAUCCUACCAAUAUAACCUAAAUAACAUCACAUCACAUUGUCCUACAGACCUAAUUUUAAUAUUUCAAGCCUUAUUUAAAGUAUGUUAAAUGCAACUAUUUGAAUUAUCCAGUGUACUGACCACUGGUCUGUGGCCCUCUGUGUCGAAUAUUUUUCAAGAUAUAGCCCUCAGUCAAAAGAGUUUGGGCACCCCUGAUUUAGACCAUUUAAACUGACUCUGCUCACACACAAACACUGAAGACGGCUGGUUAUCCAUUUGCAUCGUCGUUUCAGACUAAGCCUUGUGUUUACUCUGGAGGCAGCAGAAUAUCGGCAUGAGCUGGAGAUUUAAGGCCGAUAACUGAUUCGCUAAAACAUUCAAAUAUCGACCAACCUACUGGUGUAUGUCACUCGAUCUCUAACACAGACUGUGUAAAGAAGAGACUGAGUGAGUGUGGGUCGAUCACUUCCUGUUUGCCCAUGAUCACUUCCUGUUUGCCCAUGAUCACUUCCUGUUUGCCCCUGAUCACUUCCUGUUUGUCCGUUUCUGUGGAAUAUUCCAGGCGAAGCGAUAACGUCUCAUCAGAACAGCUACGUCUUUGGUUUGAUUCCACAGUUCAGUUUUUAUUUUGUAUUUUUAUUAAAGUAAGUAUUAAAUAAUGACGACCAUUGUUCAAAUUUAACUUCCUCAACAAAUUUUUCCAUGAGGCUUAUUCAGUUCGAAAGCACCAACGGUCAAAGAACUGGGCAAAAAAACCAUCUGAAACUGAAACUAACACCUCGAGCUGUUUACAGGAAAGAUGAUGUAAUGUUUUCCACUAUUUAAACUCGUUGAAACCGUCGUCUGUUUAUAUAAAUGGACAUCGCUAACCUGCCCAAACAGGAAGUGACCACGGACUCACUUACGGCUCCACAUUCGCCGCUACAACCUCUUUACCCUCGAUGAUCUUUGUUUUGAGCUGAAGCUGUGGUGACGUCACUUCUUUUCACAGUCUGUGGUUCAAAGGUUUGGAAAUGGCGUAAAAUGUGCGUCAUGUUUGUGUCGUUGUUGUGUUUUUAACUCUAAAAAAUGAAGUAUUGUCACAUAGAGCUUCUAUAAAUUAAUUUGAAUUUUACCAAAACGGUGCCAAAAGUGUUUUCACCGCCUGCUGCUCGUUAUUUAUUAAAGAUUUUUAAGAUGUUUCACU